GUAGCAUCCUAAAUAGAUACAAUAAAAUAAAAGUUACUGCCUGGAUUUCGGCGCUAAAAAAACGUUACUAUUAAGAGGGGAAAAAUUAAACAAAAAAGUAGAAUUCACGCGAAGGGUCCGGCCGAAAGUUCUGGUGGUGCGAGAGGUAGAAGAUUAAAGGUGAAGUGGUCGGAGCGACACGGCGGCGGUGCUGGCGGCGGAAGUUUAGAAGAUGGGGCGACUGUUUCUGGUGGAACUGGAAGGCAGGUGCUACCGCUGCAGAUUUUGCGACACCCCUCUCGCUCUUGCCGACGACGUUAUUUCGCGGACGUUCAAUUGUAGGCAAGGGAGGGCAUACUUGUUCAGCAAUGUGUGAGUGAACUGUGCUUGAGCUUGUCAAACAGCAGGGCGUCUUCUUCUUCGAUUCUCUCCCAUGGUUCAAUGGUCACUAAUAGUAUCAUUCUGCUCUGUCCUGAAACUGCUAUUUCAGAGUGAAUGUAACAGUUGGCAUGAAAGAGGAAAGGGUGAUGCUUUCUGGUACCCACACAGUGGAAGACGUCUUCUGCUGCCGCUGUGGACAAAUCCUUGGGUGGACUUAUGUAGCUUCUCACGAUAAGAGCCAGAAGUACAAGGAAGGGAAGUUUGUUCUUGAGAGGUGGAGGAUAGCUGAGGAGGUAACUGAGGAAUUGAGUCUCAAUGGAGGUCAUCAUGCUUCGAGCGAUCCGGACAACUCGUGAGAUGAUUAGUCGACUAUGCUGCGGAAUCCAGUAACCUCACCACCACGACUAGUGACACGACGGUUAGUAGUGCAGAAAGUUUUGUUAAUAAUCAUAAAGUUCUUCCCCCUAAGAUGUUGUAUGUUAAAGUACAAGCACCCUAUAUGUUAAAACGGUCAGGUUCUUGCUUGAAUGCAGAAGUAAGUGCACUGGUGUGUGUAGCCAUCCCCUGGCCCUUCAAAACCCUAAUAAUUGAGUGGAAAUGGUGCUUCCCCGAAUAUGAGACCACAUUCAGACAUCAACGUAACUUCUCUUGUGGGCUUUUUGAAUGUUCCUUUUCUUUUUUAGGUUUUGAUUGCAUCUCAGUCCUCGAUCUGGUUCCUUUAUCCCGUCAUGCUCGAUACUUCCAUUGAUUGUGGCCUGUGGGCAAUAUGUUUCGGUUUUCAGUUCCGUUGAACGUUAACAACUGUCCAAAUGCACGGAGCGGAACUGUUUGUGAAGAUGGAAUAAUGAAUCUUGCUUAUCCAGAGACUACUAAUUUUGAUUUACGUUUCGUUCUAAGUUUUCGUGCUAACUGAAAACUGAAACCGAAUUUCCAGCUCUAUGAACCUCCAUGUUGGUUGUAUCGACUAAUAUCCAAAGCUCCG